CGGCCAUGGAAAGGGAAAGGCGCUGGUAGUGAAACGCCGACCGUUGGCUUAGGUGAUAGGGUUGAUCUAUCUAGGGAUGGGCUUGCUCAGACAACCAUGGCCACGGUGGAGAUUGUCCGCGGCAUAGCAGGCAAGGAUCGCAGUGGGAAAGCGAGAGCAAAUUUGUUCAGUGUUGGCUGGUUCUCAAAAGACAAAAGCAAAAGAGACCAUCGCGAGGCUGAGGUAGACAUACCCCUAGGAUUCACCGCGUAUCGUUCGCCGCCCUCCUAUGUUGGGGGGAACUCAGUCUUGGUCCAGGUUUGGGCAGUAGGCCUGGAUGGGACAGACGCCAGGCUUGUUGGACUUGACCCUUCGCCAAGCUCGUCUUCACUUGCAACCUCUCCUUAUUCUUCGGAUGGGGAGAAGUUUAACACACUGAAGGAUGAUAGGAUCAAGACUCCUUCGCCAGGGUACACACCGGGAAGAUCAUUUGUAGGACGUGUUUUGGAGACAGGAUGGGAAGUUCGCGAAGAGAUCAUCAAGCGUGGAGAGUGGGUGUAUGGCCUGUAUCCCGUCAACAAGUCUGGCGCCCUUGCUGAGUUUAUCAUCGUGGACAGACAUCGCAUACAUCGGGUACCUCACCCUUGGAUGCCUCCCGCUGCUGCUGCCCCGUUCCAGGUUUCGAAUCCGUCUCGUUUUCAGGGCGGAGAUGCGACUCCAGAGAUGGACGGGAAGAAGGGGCUAACGAUCGAUGAACUAGCGUUGCUUCCACUCAUUGGGCUCCCUGCCCAUCGCGCAGUGCGGUCUUUGGCAGAGCUGACUCAUACGUUAGCGAAGCCACAUUCACUGUCGUCUCCCACAGGUGAAGGUAGCGGAAUUCAGGAGCGGUAUCACCGUGCUAUGUCGGGCGUGGAUCAAGAAAUCAAGGAAGAUAUGAGCGAAAUUGGGGAUCAACGUGUUCAUAUACGGCCGCGCGUCCUCAUCCUUAGGGCGCAUGAUGGUCCCGGUGCGCUAGCGUUGAAACUGCUGGUUCGUUCGGGCUGGUCGGUUUGGGCGCAUGUUCCUGUGCCUUUCCCCCUUCCUGGUCCCAAAGAGUCUCCUGAUGAGGAGACACUCGAUGAGAAGGAGUCCGAGAAGGAUGUUCGGCGGUCUACCUUGCAUGCCAUUGAAACCCGAUUGCGUGACUGGGGGGCGCAGGAAACAGGUUCCGUAAUCGCACUUCAAAAAUACCUUUCGCUCAUGCGUGUGCACUUCGAUGCCGUACUCGACACCCUCGGUGGACGUGAAGUAUGGGAAGCGGGCCGUAUGCUACUCUCGCAACCCGUGCAUGAUAAGUCACGCCAGGACGUACCCGCUCAAUUCACGACAACUGUGGGCGAUAUUCCGGACCGCAUCGUCGCAACGGCAGGUGACCACUUCCGCGCCGGUGUCCGAUCUCUCCGGGUUGGCAGCGGCAAAGAUUUGAAUGCGGAAUUGCAAGAACAGAUGGAGGCUCUCCCGCCCGAGAUCAAGAGAUCCAAGGAGAAGCCUCGCGCUGUGCAAUACUCCUGGGUGAACAUCGUCUCAGAUGUCGACUGGGACGGGAGCGAUGUCCGCGAUACGCUCUUUUCGGUCCUAAAAGCAGCGCUCGACGAUAAGAUUUUACCCCACGUUACUUGCUCAGAUUUUAAGCGUCCAAACAAGGGCAAGGGCGUGGCGAAGAGGGCCGCGAUGAGCGCAAAUUUAGAAGGCGGCAAGGUCAUUCCCUUCGAGAAUACUCCUAGCGUCUUCAAGCAGGGUGGCGGGCUUGAAUACGGAGGCACAAUUGUUUCCAGGAUCGUCGGAUGAUGCUUACGAUUUACUGAUCGGGACUAUAUUGUAUCAGCUACGAUCUGUUUCUGAGACUCAUCGUACGCUGUUGCUGUUUGCUUUCUUAUUCGUUUCGAACUUCUUAUAGAGACUAGCAAUUGAACACUGACCAUUAAGAACGAUACCCCAUACAUAAUAUUCAACAACCGCUGUAUGAUUUGCAUGUACUCAUUAACACACCUUCACAUCGUUCGGGCGUAUGCGCAGCAUUGGGCACCAUUGGUAGACAACCAACUAAUUACAUGUUUUU